GCGGGCAAGUCCCCAAACUACCUCUUGCAUUAGCCAGGGCACGUGGAAUUUAGUGAAGUGGUACUUUAGGUUUGGGAUGGGAUUGGAGAAGUGGGGCAGGAUCAACAGGCUCAUACCUUCUCCCUUCCCUUUCUGAGAUCUGACAUUCCAUCUGUCACAGGGUUGUCAAGGAGGUGCUGGGGGUACCAAGGAACUCACUUGGUAAUUAGAGCAUCAAGCUUUGAGGGUUGGGGUACUCGAGGUGGGAGAAUGGAAUGCCAUUCCAUAGGAAGAACCACAAAAAUGCCUUAAUUUGAGCCCAUUUCUACCCCUGCUGAUGAGUGACUUGAGAGUUCUUGGUUUUCUCUUCUUGUCCUUCUUCCCUCCCCUCUAUCCUUCCAUGGGUGGGGAAAGGGUGUUUUUGGUAGACCUUGAUUUCCAAAGCACCUGGCCUCCUCACUUCACAUUCUUAAGUGGCAGUUUCAUUAUUUAGAAUGCAGAGUGGAACGUCUUUUGGAUAUUGUUUUCUAUAUAAAGCUUUACAUAUGAGAGGGUGUAGGGAGGUGUUUGUAAAACGCCUUAGAACUUUUCUCCUUAAUAUCAGAAAGCAAAAAAAUAAAACCACAAUUUAGAUAUGCCUUUUAAACCCUCAGGUGUUACCUCUAACCAGGUGGCCCUGGUCACCAUCAGAGUACUGGAACCAAGGAGACCUUGUCCGUUUGUGUGUUUGUUCUGGACUCUUAGAAAGGAAAUGAGCUUGUUCCUACUGGAGUUUAGUUCCAAUGCAUUUGCCUCCAGAAAGACCCCAGUGCCUGUUGACAGUGGCCAGGGUUUUCUAUAUUUCCCGCCAGUCUUUCCCAAAGGAAACUCAUUCCAAAUACUUACCUUUUCCACUGGGGUCUUAGAAGGAAAAUGGAAUUCUGGUUCAUACUGUGGUCCCUUUUAACCUCAGGUCUUUAAUGUGAUCACUUUCAAAUUUAAAAGAUCCAGGUGGAAAUAUUUUUACUAUGCUGGUAAUAAUUCUACACAAUACCUGAAUUCAUAACACUGUUAUAUUUCAGUAUGAGUGGUCACUUUGUCUUUUCGUGUCUUUGAUCUGGUUUUGUUCCUGUAAUACAGCCACCCGAUUUUGUGAGGGGGGGAAUAAUAUGUGGUUUUUGUACAAAUAAGUUUCUCUGUGUUGUUAUUUUGGAAAAAUGAAGGGAGAGAGUUUUGGGAGAUUGGAGGAAAUUGAUCAAGAAGGCCUAAUCUCCCUCUUGCAGUGAAUAAAUGGAACAUCAUUUCUGGAUUUUAAUCCUGUUCUCUGCAUUCAUACACCAUUUUUUCAUAUGUCCUAUGAAAAGCCUAAAUAUUCAGUCCCACCUGAUCCUGGUCAUUAAAAUUCAGUGACUCAGGACUCCCUAACUGGCUCUGCACCUUCAUGAUGCUUGAGGAACAUUCAGUCGAAUGUACCUUGCCCACUGUUUAUUUCCAUGGUCAAAUGAAGAAAGAUGAGUGGAAGUUCUCCAGGAAGGCAGAGCUAGAGAAUGUUUCUCGGGAUGCAGUUUACACAGCCUCAAGUUGGAGGCAGGCGUUGAGGGCACAUGAUUCCGUGAACUCUUACGGACAGCCUUUGGAGCACCCACAGGUGCAAACCCUGUGCAGUAAACAAAGAGAAGCCAUUGCCUUCAAGAUGCUUAUGAAUCUAGUGAAGCAAAAGAAGCAGAUUCUGUGUCUGCCAGGAGGUGAACACUCAGCUUCUGUGCCAGACUGGUUGUGCUUUGCUUUCUGACCUGUUGCAACUGUUUCCUCCAGGAAAGAGGGCCAGAGCCAGCUGGGUCUCAUGGGAUUCCUCUACUUCCCUGAGGGUCACAAGUGAAGUUAAUACUAAAGACUGGUUUAUAAACUUGAGUGUGAAUUGUUUUUAGAGUGUUUAGGAUGUGUUCAAUCAACCAGUCUUCCACAGGUUCCUCAGAUCCUUACUGUGGAGUGAUUCCCCCAGAUGCAGUUAGGAACAGCAGUUUUCCAACUUCAGUACAGAUCAGGGUCACCUGCAGAAUUGUUAAUAUACAAGCUGCUGGGCCCUACCCUCAGAGCUUCUGAUUCAGUAGGUCUGGGGUGCGUUCUGAAAUUUUGCGGUUUUAACAGGUUCCCAGGGGAUCCUGAUGCAGCUGGUCAAGGGACCACCUUUUGAAAACCACUGGUUAAGAAGGUUGUAUAGAGCAAGAUCUGUACAGUCCCUAACAGUUCAUUCUAUGAGCCCGUUAGUCCAGUAAACAUUUGAGUGCCUACUUUUGGACCUUGCAUGCAGUCAAGUUGUAAUUAUGAAUAAGGUAGGCAAGGCCCCUGCACUCCAGGCCAUUUACAUGCUUGUGGGGUGGGGAAUACCAGACCGUAAAUAGUUAAUAUUAUUUUAGAUAGUGCCAAAGUGUUCAUGAAGAAAAAGAAACAGUGUAAUCAAGAGUUUUCUGGGGAAUAAUUUAUACAGCCUGUGAACUGGAUGUUCUUUUGUGAUUUUGUCCUGCGGGGUGUGGUAACCUGAGAGUUGACCUUCAUUCCAGGAAAACCGCCAUCUGAAUAAUCAGAGCACCCUUUCAUCUGGAUACGCAAUGCCAACCCCUGAGACGUCUUUCUGCAAACCUCUCUGCCUGUGACUUUAAAAGCCCCUGCUUUCUACAGUUCCAAGAGCAUAGCUGUUCAGUUGCUCCUGCUGAAGGGGGACUUCCUGGGAACAAUUUGAAAGCACCUUGAUGCCCUGUAAAUGGAUUGUCUCCAUUUAAGAAGGUAAUCUUUCAGAAUGAGAUGGAAAGGUAUAUCCUUGAAGGAAGUGCUGCCUCAAUGUUAGAUCUUGUGAACAGCUCCGCUGAACUUCAUUUCCCUGUGUCUUGCCUUUAGGCCUGCCACCACUGUUAAGACACACCUUUGAUCCUGAACUCCUUGAAACAGCUGAGACAAGACUGCCAUACCCUUGGGCCGGCCCGGUGGCUUAGCGGUUAAGUGCGCACGCUCCGCUACUGGUGGCCCAGGUUCGGAUCCCGGGCGCGCACCGACGCACCGCUUCUCCGGCCGCGUCCCACAUACAGCAACUAGAAGGAUGUGCAACUAUGACAGACAACUAUCUACUGGGGCUUUGGGGAAAAAAAAAAGAGGAGGAUUGGCAAUAGAUGUUAGCUCAGAGCCAGUCUUCCUCAGCAAAAUGAGGAGGAUUAGCAUGGAUGUUAGCUCAGGGCUUAUCCUCCUCACGAAAAAAAAAAAGACUGCCAUACCCAACGGGUGACUAAAGGGAAAGAGAGUUCUGUGAAUCAAACUAAAUAGAGGUUCCAAAACCAAUUAUAGCUAUCUUUCUCUAGGACUACCCAGCCCUGUUCCAACUCUCAUGAGAACCCAGGGAGACAGAGCCUUAUCUGGUCCCCUCUUCCUGCUCUGGCAUGCCUUGCAGAACUGGAACCAUCUUCACUCCCUACUGCCCCCAGAGGCCUUCACAAGCGCUUCCAAAUCCAUGGAGAGCAGCCAGCUCGUGAGACGCGCAGUGCUGUCGAGGCCAAGGAGCGGGUGAUGAGCGGCCUGGCGUGGGAGCCGCGUGCCAACAACACGCGGGAGGAGGCCGGCCAGCCCGCAGCUGGGGAAUAUGUGACCUCGUGGGCCGCGCUCGGUGGCGAGCAGGCCGUGGUGGGCCCUGGGGUCGGGCCAGAGGAGGCGCUGGAGGCGUCGGCGGCCGUGACAGGCACCGCCUGGCUGGAGGCUGACAGCCCAGGCCUGGGCGGAGUGACCGCAGAGGCGGGCAGCGGAGACACCCAGGCCCUUCCAGCAACCCUCCCGGCUCCUGAUGAGGCCCUCGGGCAGUCAUCGAUGCCCCCUGCAACCUCCGAGGCUACAGAGGCCAGUGGACCACCCUCCACCACCCCUGGUGACAAGCUGAGCCCAGGCCCUGAACUCUCCAAGGAGAGCCCCUUGGAGGUUUGGCUGAACCUGGGAGGCAGCACACCUGACCCUCAUGGGCCAGAGCCCACGAAUCCCUUUCAGGGCACACUGGAGCCCCAACCGGCAUCAGAUAUAAUUGACAUUGACUACUUCGAAGGAUUGGAUGGUGAGGAUCGUGGCGCUGACCUGGGGAGCUUCCCUGGGUCACCAGGAAGCUCAGAGCACCACCCUGAUAAUGGAGGAAAGACCCCUUCCUGGAGCCUGCUUGACUUAUACGAUGACUUCACACCCUUUGAUGAAUCUGAUUUCUACCCUACCACAUCCUUCUAUGAUGACUUAGAUGAAGAGGAGGAGGAAGAGGAGGAUGACAAGGAUGCAGCAGGAGGUGGAGACCUGGAAGAUGAAAACAACCUUCUAGUGCCCACUGAGAAGCCUGUUCUGGGGCCUGGGACAGGCCAGCCCACCAGUCGGUGGCAUGCUGUCCCUCCACAGCAUACUAUGGGGAUGGUCCCUGGCAGCAGCAUCGCUCUCAGGCCCCGCCCAGGAGAGCCAGGCAGAGACCUAGCCCCAAGUGAGAAUGGCACUGAGUGCCGCAGUGGCUUGGUGCGGCAUAACGGCUCGUGCCGGUCAGUGUGCGACCUCUUCCCAAGUUACUGUCACAAUGGUGGCCAGUGCUACUUGGUGGAGAACAUAGGCGCCUUCUGCAGGUGCAACACACAGGACUACAUCUGGCACAAGGGGAUGCGUUGCGAGUCCAUCAUCACUGACUUCCAGGUGAUGUGUGUGGCCGUCGGCUCAGCUGCCCUCGUACUGCUCCUGCUCUUCAUGAUGACGGUGUUCUUCGCCAAGAAGCUCUAUCUGCUCAAGACAGAGAAUACCAAGCUGCGUAGGACCAACAAAUUCCGGACCCCAUCUGAGCUUCACAACGAUAACUUCUCCCUCUCCACCAUUGCCGAGGGCUCUCACCCAAAUGAUGAUCCUAGUGCUCCCCACAAAAUCCAGGAAGCUCUCAAGUCCUGCCUGAAAGAAGAGGAGUCAUUUAACUUCCAGAACUCCAUGUCGCCCAAACUUGAGGGUGGCAAAGGUGACCAGGCUGACUUGGAGGUGAACUGUCUUCAGAAUAACUUAACCUAAAGCAGAGCAAGAAGAGAGGAAAUG